AUGGAUGAGAUGGUGAUCACCCUUGCCCAGAGCAGACCUCAGCCUCAGGACCUCAGCCUCAGGACCUCAGCCUCAGGACCUCAGCCUCAGGACCUCAGCCUCAGGACCUCAUCCUCAGGACCUCAGGAGAUCUAUUCAGCACACGGCGUUCGUUUACAACAGCAUCAGCUGCACGUGGCGUUGCGCGUGACACUACGUGUGACGGUGCGCGUGGCACUACGUGUGGCGGUGCGUGUUGCGGUUCGCGUGGCACUACGUGUGGCGGUGCGUGUUGCGGUUCAUGUGGCACUACGUGUGGCGGUGCGUGUUGCGGUUCGCGUGGCACUACGUGUGGCGGUGCGUGUUGCGGUUCAUGUGGCACUACGUGUGGCGGUGCGUGUUGCGGUUCAUGUGGCACUACGUGUGGCGGUGCGUGUUGCGGUUCAUGUGGCACUACGUGUGGCGGUGCGUGUUGCGGUUCAUGUGGCACUACGUGUGGCGGUGCGUGUUGCGGUUCAUGUGGCACUACGUGUGGCGGUGCGUGUUGCGGUUCGCGUGGCACUACGUGUGACGGUGCGCGUGGCACUACGUGUGACGGUGCGUGUUGCGGUUCAUGUGGCACUACGUAUGGCGUUGCGCGUUGAGCGUGACGGUCCGCUGAGCGUCGCAGUCUCUCCAAAGGUUGACGUUUGUUUGUGA